AUGCUCCCGUUGUUGCUGCGUGUCCCUGCUGUGGCAGGUCUUUGGAUAUGUCUGGCCAUUGCCAAUCUUGCUUCUGCAUAUCAAUGCUCUGGUCCGAGCGUGGGACUGGUCGUCUUGACCGGAACCGUGAUCUAUGUGGUUCUGCACUGCUCGUUGCUGGAGAAAGACACCGGCGUCUCGGUGUCGGUCAUCUCGGACUAUGUCUUGACCAGCCCUGACUCGGUUCCGGGCGACAUUCACUGCAGCGACAAAUUGCCAGAAGUUCUCAUGAUCCAGCGAGAGAAGCGUGUCGACCCGUCCACCGAUGCCUCCACGGUGGCUGCGCCACCAAGACAGUCGUCUGCAACUCCGGCGCAGAUCUCGGUGCUCGCGAGGGUAUCCAAGAGUCGAUCGACCCAGUUGCCGGUGCCAUCAUCCUCGCUCUCUGGCACCCCUAUUCGUUCGUCCGCUUCCGUGUUCCAGAAUGCCGCCGGCACCCAUGCCAUCUCUGGCUCACCUACCUCCCGCUCGCAUGCCAUCUCCGGCACGCCUACCUCCAGCAAGACCACCGCCACGGAGAGGAAGCCAGUCACCACGACGACGACCAUUUACGUCACGGUCGUUGCGCCCCCUCCUCCUCCUCCUCCUCCGCAUCCUAAACCCACCGCAGCGCCUCACUCGACGCAGUCCCACGCAACGAGGUUAGUGCGAGAUGGUAGUGACGCCGAAUAUGCAGAGCGAUGCGAGCCCUACUGCUUGAGCACUUUGAUUGCUCACAUGGUGUUUCUCACUUCCAGCCCCACCAGCUUGCCCCAGCCGACAAUCGGCCAGAAUCUCACCGUCGCAAACGGAAACUGGUCCCAAACGGUCUCGAUUGCAUCACUGCCGAUCCAUCUCCCUGUUUCCAACUCACGGAUACUGUUUCAGGACUAUGCGUGCUUCGGCGUCAACUUUACGGUAUCAAAUCAGUGCCACGCAUCCCGAAACCAGAGUAGCCCCCGAUGCACCGGGAAAUCAACCGCGCUGCACAAGGGCGAUUCCGUUGGAGUCUUGUUCAGCAACACUCGGCUCACAGCUAACUUGACCCGGCCGAUCCCGUGGCUCACUCAGAUUGUAGCUGUCGAGGGGACCUGUGUCGGAGCCAAGAUCGACUCGACCAUCUUGUGGCUCCACAGCCCCAACGCCACCUGCCUCAACGGAGUUGGCGUGGUGAAUGCAUCGCUGGAGUCCGAUUCCGUCAAUGUCUGGAACCAUGUGGCACCGCUUUCUUGCAUCAUCAAAGCUUGAGGCUCGGUGUGUGCGCUCACUCACUCACUCACUCACUCACUCACUCACUCACUCACUCACUCACUCACUCACUCACUCACUC